UCUUUAGUUAGCAUUCAGCCAUCACACCAAUCAUUUGUGUCGUAGUCCAUCGUUAUCCGAGUUCAAUUAAUGGAGGGCCAUGUACCAGAGUCUAUUGAUGAACCGCUACGCGCCAGGAGGAUCUUAUUUAGCAGUGAUACCCCAAAAGACACCAGUACUCCGAUUCAACGGGCUCCAACAAUUCAGGCCGGUCCAACGAUGAAGCAGAAAAGUAAUAAAAAAUCGUACGAACAAAUGAUGCUGGAGGCCAUCACCGAGAACGAUCCAAACCGCAAGGGUCUGUCGUUUACGAUGAUUCAGAAGUUUGUUAAAGGCAGGUACACGAUAGACGGUGAUAUCAAAAUUUACGUUAAAAAAGCCUACGAAAAGCUGCUACAGAAAAACGUGGUCGAGCAUGUGACGGGAAAAGGAUUAAUUGGGAGUAUUCGGCUAUCGAAAGCGCAUGUUGAGGACAUGAAAAAGUCGGAGAAACUUGCCAUCAAAGCGGAAAAGAUUAAACAGAAGGAGAAAACUGCGGCCAAAAAAUCCAAAAAGAAAAAAGCCGAUAAGAACAAUAACGAAAAGGAUGGUAAAAAAUCCAAAGUGAAGCCCAAAGAAGCAGCGAAGCCGAAGAAAACCGCCAUUACAAAAGUUAAAAUUGAUCGCAAGGGCGGUAAAGUUCGGUUGUCCAUUGCGGCGAAUCCUGUUCCCCGAGUGAAAGGCGCCAAAACAAAGGCAAAGGAAGGAAAGGUGAAAGGAUCAAAAACCCAGACGAACGCUCCGGAACCGAAACCCAGCACCAGCAAACCAGCACAAAAAGCGAAACCAAAGACAAAGCCUAUGAUCAAAGCAGAGUAACAUCUUACGUUAUGUUUUUUUAUGGUUUAGACUUCGUUCCGUCGUGAUUUUAAUGUUUGAUUGUUUUGUAUGUUAUGUUAAUUUUGUAAACUGAUGUAUUAAAAAGUAAUAUUAAUGUGUAUGAGUA